CAUUUAAUUUCAUACUACAGUCUAGACAAUUGAGCUGUCGAACGCUGCUAGCUUGUACACAAGGAAAACGUGGCUAUCUAGCGAUUUAUUCAACCCACCACUAUCCCACUUUGGUUCCUAACCACUGUGAGAUCGUUAUUUCCGUUAAUGUUUAGCCUACACAGACGGUAUUUAGUUCAGAAGAUUUGGAGCGCCAGAGAGAUUUGUAUAGGAGAUCAAGUAUCCGCAAAAGCGUUUGGCUACCUGAAAGAGGCUGUUCAUAGUUUCCUCGGGAGUUUGGACACAGCGUCUUUGCGUCUACUGGCGAAGAUACUCGACGAGAAAUCCUCAGACGCGUGCCUCAAGAUAGGCGGCGAGGAUACUGCCGAGUCUUCGCUACAAAAUCAACGAUACUUUAUAUCCAGAGUUUGGCGUUGGCCCGAUUUGAAAGACGGCAGCAAGUUGAAGCAUAUAGAAGAAGGUAGCAGCAGUGAGGAGGGGGAAACGGGCAUGGGGGAUUGCCUGUGUGUCAACCCGUUCCACUUAUCAAGGAUAAGUAAGCGAGAAAUACCGUAUCAAGGGCUUCGUGCGAAGCCGAAAAGCGAAAUACUGUGCCACGAUGAUUCAGGGCUAUACUGUGGAAGCGUUGACACGACAAGUUGUGGCAACAGAACUGGAGCUUGCGAAGGUGUUGCCUCGACAAAACAAGAGGAAUCUCGUUUCAGACCAUGGAUUACGCUCGCUUACUGGGAACGCGACAAGCGUGUCGGUAGCAUGUACCAUGGCUAUGAAAAUACUAUAAAUAUUUACGAGAGCAAAACGAAAGGUCACAGACACGGAUUAUGCUUGAAAGAUCUAAACAGAACUUGUGAAAUAAAUGACAAUACUAAGAUUGUACUUCGGAACAUUGGCGAAGGCAUCCAAGUGAACCUCGAAAACGGAGACAUAUGGAUCUACAAUAAAUCUCAAUCACCCGUGUUUUUAAACGGGCAAUUAUUACAGAGACUUCAUAACACAGACACACCACGGGUCGAGAAACUAUCAAGCGGUUACGGGCUAAAGGUAUUUGACUGCAACGCUAACGCUUCCAGCAGACAAUCUGCGGAUAACACGCACGAGGAACAGCACUGUCUAAGAGUCAGUUUUGUCAAGGGAUUUGGCAGAGGAUACAAACGACAGACGAUAAUGAACUGUCCGUGCUGGGUCGAAAUGUUCUUCACGCUUCCAAAGUCAUGAUAUCAAUCAUAGUGACAUGCCACAAACGGGGUAAAUUGAGAUGGGAAAUUACUCAAGCCAGACAUUGCUAUAUGUGAUGUUCCAAAUAUCUAACGUUAUCCCAGGAGGUUACUCCCAACCCUAUUUAUGAGAAUCAAGGAACCUCUCUGAUACGUCUCAAGGCAAGAGGCCAGACAUAAGGAUUUGAUUAACUUUUCGAUAUCGGUCGACAAUUUCACGCAAAAAGCUGUCUAAAAUUUAUGUCUGUGUGCAUGUGUGUUCAAGCCAAGAAUCGCCGACUAGAAGCAUAUGUACACAUGAAGGAAGCCUAGAAGAGGCACGGAGUAUUUACCUUCCAACAUGCAUAAGGACCUGAUUACUUCAAUAUAUAUAUAUAUAGUCGCAUAAACCACAAUCAUAUGUGAUUAGAACACGAUUUGUGUGUAUACAGUUACCGUAUGUCGACCUAUUGUGUGUGAAAUAAUCAGGACUUUCCACUAAGGCUUUUUGUACAUGAGCGCCGUAACGGAGAACGCGUUAUAAUGGGAUAAUAUUAUAUAUCAGAGACUUUUCUAAGUCAAGGGCACUAUAUGUGUUGCAAUAAAGAAAUUUACGGUUUAUAAAACCAAGACAAUGAGCGCUUUCAAAUGAACGAAAUAAAAUCUCUAUACAAAUAAACUCGAGACCUCUUUUAAUCUGUACUAUAGACAAUAUGACCCUUCGUCGUCAGCUGGGGAACAAUUUAACCAAAAAUGGUCGAAAUUUUCGGAUUUUUAAGGUUCUCAAACUUCGCUUUGUAAAGGUUCUGACCUACACAGAAGGAGCCUUUUUAGCAUAUUGUAAACCUGGUCCAUACCUGUCAACGCGUUUCUCUUGCCAAAUUAUUAAAAUUGUGAAUAGGGCGAUUCUGUUUUCAUGAAUAGAUAUGCUAUAUGACAGCGGUGGGCAUCCUGAAUACAGCUCAUUCACUCGGCACUUUCGAAAACGUCUGUGAAUGAAGAAAAUGUUGAUAUUAGAACCUGCUUUGAAUGCAAAUCAAUGCUGAGCUGAUCUUAUUCUCUUGAUAUAUUGUAAGAAAAUGGCGCAGUCUGCAUUGCAUGCAUACAAAUAGUAUUUUCUGUCAGUAAAACUACGUAUAGAAGAUAACCACGCGUUUGAAAGAUCAGUUGCAAACAAUGCUGGAAUAA